UUUCUUGACAAUGUAACAUAUGUGUUACAUUCAGAAGAAUGUAUGUUUUCUUUCAAAGGCAUUCUAUUUUGCUGUUCCUUUGGCAAUGUAUGAUCUUAGAUACACCAUCUGAACAUAACUUCAGUAUGUGCUUCCAUCUAGAGGGCGUAUUUUGAACUAAAAUCUUGUUUAUUCAAGAUGGCUGCCGGACAUCGUUUGGUUGGUGGAUCAAAGAAGAAUCAGCAAUUGUCAUAUGCUUCCCAAGGAGAUUUUAUACUCUCGAAAGUGCUACUACCACCAGAAGAUGGGAGUUCUGAUCUGGAUGGAAAUAAUUCAGAUGACCCAGAAGACAAAUUGUUCAAUCAUCAUGCAAAUGAUUUUUAUAAUUCGGAUAGUUCAGAUGCUCCAUCAUUACCUCCUGAACUUCAAGACAUCCUUCAUGAAUUAGAAGUUGGUGAGGAUCUUCAUAUAUUAUCUACUGAAAAUAUUGGAACUUAUAUCGAAGAUCAAGGAGUUCAACCUAAUGUUGAGGCUGUUGAAGUUGUCAAUCAAGAUGAGAAUUACGUAUUCAUUGAUAAUGUCAUACCAGAAGCUACCUGUAUUGCUGAUAAUAGUAGUGCUAAUCCAGUCACUUUUUCUUCCUCCACAAAAAAAUCUGAAGAACAAUCAACUUCAAAUUUGAGAAAGAGGAAGAAAAAGAAACUGCCUAGUGUAAAAGUAAAGAAACAAAAAACAUGUAAUAUCAAAACUAAUAAGACUCCAAAAAGAUUUUCAUGGGUGAAAAGGGAAUUUGACCAUCGAAAUUUGUCUCUAGAGGUAGAUGUCGAUUGUGUGUUGGAGGUCAAACGACAAUUUCAUGCAUCAAGUGCAAUGUGCGACUUUGUUUAG